AGUGAGAGCACAGCGACCUGCAGAGACAGACGGAGAGAGCGGAGCGAGAGCGAGAGAGCGAGGCACAGCUGCGGUAUCGUGUUAUCAGGGAUUAGACGGGGAUGCAGCCGUAACAUCCGCGCACACACGCUGGAUCUGGAUAUGUCCGCCUUCUACAGGAUGACAAGCAGCGCUGAGCCCAACCUGCACAUCAAUAGCAUGAGGCAUUGCGAGGCCAGGCUGCAGGUAGUGUGAGCAGGAGCCCAGACGUAGGAUCUGAGGCCGGCGCUCGGAGGGUGUUGCCAUGGCGACCGGCGGGCAGACGGGCCGGUUGGUUGUGCUGUUGGCCGUGGUGGUGGUGGCCCACGCCUCCAUCUUCCUGUCCAACCACAGGAUGAAACCUCGCUUCAACCGGGACCGUCGCAACAUCCGGCCCAACAUCAUCCUCAUCCUCACUGAUGACCAGGACAUCGAGCUGGGCUCCAUGCAGGUGAUGAAUAAGACUCGGCGGAUCAUGGAGCAGGGUGGGACGCACUUCUCCAACGCCUUUGUGACCACACCCAUGUGCUGCCCGUCGCGCUCCUCCAUGCUGACGGGGAAAUACGCUCACAACCACAACACCUACACCAACAACGAGAACUGCUCUUCACCCAGCUGGCAAGUCCAGCACGAACCGCGUACAUUCGGAGUCUAUCUCAACAACACGGGCUACAGGACAGCAUUCUUCGGGAAGUAUCUGAACGAGUAUAACGGCAGCUACAUCCCUCCCGGCUGGAGAGAGUGGGUGGGCAUCGUGAAGAACUCCCGCUUCUACAACUACACCAUCUGCAGGAACGGCGUCCGAGAGAAACACGGAUUCGAAUACUCACAGGAUUACCUGACAGACCUCAUAACCAACGACAGCAUCAGUUACUUCCGCAUGUCCAAAAAGAUCUACCCCCACAGGCCGGUGCUAAUGGUCAUCAGUCAUGCUGCCCCCCACGGGCCGGAGGACGCAGCGCCGCAGUACACCACCGCCUUCCCCAACGCAUCCCAACACAUCACUCCCAGCUAUAACUACGCUCCUAACCCGGAUAAGCACUGGAUCAUGCGCUACACCGGCCCCAUGAAGCCCAUCCACAUGGAGUUCACCAACAUGCUGCAGAGGAAGCGGCUGCAGACGCUGCUGUCCGUUGACGACAGCGUGGAGAAGAUAUAUAAUAUGUUGGUGGACACUGGAGAACUGGACAACACCUAUAUCAUCUACACCUCUGACCACGGCUACCACAUUGGUCAGUUUGGACUGGUCAAGGGCAAAUCCAUGCCUUAUGAGUUUGAUAUACGAGUGCCCUUCUUCAUACGAGGCCCCAACGUGGAGGGAGGAACCAUCAACCCCCACAUCGUGCUGAACAUCGACCUGGCCCCCACCAUUCUGGACAUCGCCGGGCUGGAUGUUCCUGCGGACAUGGACGGCAAGUCCAUCCUAAAACUGCUUGACACGGACAAACUGAUGAACAGGUUCCAGUUCAACAAGAAGGGGAAAGUGUGGAGGGACUCCUUCCUGGUGGAGAGAGGGAAACUACUUCACAAAGUGGUGCAUGAUGGGAAGGAAGUGGCUCAGGAGGAAAAUUACCUUCCCAAGUACCAGCGAGUCAAAGACCUGUGCCAGCGUGCAGAAUACCAAACACCCUGCGAGCAGAUUGGACAGAAGUGGCAGUGUGUGGAGGACUCCACAGGGAAGCUGAGGCUGUAUAAAUGUAAAGGCAUGGCCAGCCUGUCUACAGUGAGGAAGCAGCCAAUGUCUAGUGUCAAGUCCCAGCUAUACCAGCGUAGCGCCGCCGCCAAUGCUAACGCCGACGCUGAACCUGACAACUGCAACUGUGACGACUUCGGCAACUACAGACUGAGUGCCCUGAAGAAGAAGAAACUGCUGUCCAAGAAGAAGCUGAAGGCACUGAAGGGCUACUCCAGGAACCGUUAUGCUCGCGCUGUCUCUAUGGAGAUGGGUGGAGAUCUGUAUGCUGUGGAUCUGGACAGAGGCUACCAGCCGAUCAACAGGAGCAACCUGAGCCAUGGGCAGCAGGAGGAGGAGGUCUUCAGCGGGAUGGGGCCAACCACAGCUGAGCCGCAAACCAGCAACAGCCUGGUGCCUUCAUCUAUAAAAGUCACACACAGGUGUUCUAUUUUGGCCAAUGACACAGUAAAGUGUGAUGUUGGACUGUACAAGUCUCUGCAGGCGUGGAAGGACCAUAAACUCCACAUUGACCAUGAGAUCGAGACGCUACAGACGAAGAUUAAGAAUCUGAGAGAGGUCAGAGGUCACCUGAAGAAGGUGCGGCCUGAGGAGUGUGACUGCAACAAAUACAUAUACAAGUCUAAGUUCAAGAGUAAGCUGAGAAAAUACAAGUCAGGUAGCAUCCACCCAUUCAGGAAAGGGCAGGAGAAGGACAAGAAGGCUUGGCUGCUGAUGGAGCAGAAGCGCAGGAAGAAGCUGAGGAAGCUGCUGAAGCGUCUCCGGAACAACGACACCUGCAGCAUGCCUGGCCUCACCUGCUUCACACACGAUAACCAGCACUGGCAGACUGCCCCCUUCUGGACCAUGGGACCAUUCUGUGCAUGCACCAGUGCCAACAACAACACCUACUGGUGCAUGAGGACCAUUAAUGAGACACACAACUUCCUCUUCUGCGAGUUCGCUACAGGCUUCCUGGAGUACUUUGACCUCAAUACAGACCCAUAUCAGCUGGUGAAUGCAGUGAACACGCUGGACCGGCACGUUCUCAACCAGCUACACGUUCAGCUCAUGGAGCUGCGAGGCUGCAAGGGUCAUAAACAGUGUAACCCACGCAUUCGCAACUUGGACCUGGGAGGUAAAGAGAGAAGCAGCUAUGAUGAAUACAGGCAGUUUCAGCGUCGCAAAUGGCCCAAAAUGAAGAAGCCUGCCUACAAAUCGCUAGGGCAGAUUUGGGAAGGAUGGGAGGGAUAAGAGCCUGGCGGAGGACGACCCGGAAAGCACCCGGCCGUUUCCGUGGGCGACGAACUGGUCCGAACUUGAACCCUUGUACAGACUUGACGAGCACGCCUACGAUCUCAACCUCAACUUCACCCUAAGCCUGG